AUCUGAGAAAGCUGAAGUUCGUGCGAGGCUGGCCAGGGGGUGAGCCACCCUCGAGGCUCGGGCCGCUCGGGGCAGGAGAGCUUCGAUACGGUGGUUCUGAACACCUGAACAACAAGAAGCAUUUGUUUCCUUCCUCUGACGGGCACUUUGGCGUGGAAUGGAAUGGAGGAAGUCCUUUUAGCUGGACACAUCUGUGAAGCCUCGCCCCAGGAGAGGACUAGUGAGUUCCACUCGCCUGCCCCUGCUUCUUCAGGGAUGGAGGCGAUGGCAGCCAGCACUUCCCUGCCUGACCCUGGGGACUUUGACCGGAAUGUACCCCGGAUCUGUGGGGUGUGUGGAGACCGGGCCACAGGCUUCCACUUCAACGCUAUGACCUGUGAAGGCUGCAAAGGGUUCUUCAGGCGGAGCAUGAAGCGGAAGGCCCUGUUCACCUGUCCCUUCAACGGAGACUGCCGAAUCACCAAGGACAACCGGCGCCACUGCCAGGCGUGCCGGCUCAAGCGCUGCGUGGACAUUGGCAUGAUGAAGGAGUUCAUUCUGACGGAUGAGGAGGUGCAGCGCAAGCGGGAGAUGAUCCUGAAGCGGAAGGAAGAAGAGGCCUUGAAGGACAGUCUGCGGCCCAAGCUGUCGGAGGAGCAGCAGCGCAUCAUCGCCAUCCUGCUGGAUGCCCACCACAAGACCUAUGACCCCACCUAUGCCGAUUUCAGCCAGUUCCGGCCUCCAAUACGUGGGGAUGACAGAAGAGAAGACUGUUCAAGGCCCACACCCAGCUUCUUUGGGGACUCCUCCUCCUCUGGCUCUGAUCUCUACACCACCUCGCUAGACUUGAUGGAGCCAUGCACAUUCUCCAACCUGGAUCUGAAUGAAGAAGACUCGGAUGAUCCUUCCGUGACUCUGGACCUGUCUCAGCUCUCUAUGCUGCCCCACUUGGCAGACCUGGUCAGUUAUAGUAUCCAAAAGGUCAUUGGCUUUGCCAAGAUGAUCCCAGGAUUCAGGGAUCUCACCUCUGAUGACCAAAUCGUGCUGCUCAAAUCAAGUGCCAUCGAGGUUAUCAUGUUGCGCUCCAACCAGUCCUUCACCAUGGAUGACAUGUCCUGGGACUGUGGUACCCAGGACUAUAAGUACGAUGUCACUGAUGUGACCAAAGCUGGGCACACCCUGGAGCUGAUUGAGCCCCUCAUCAAGUUCCAGGUGGGGCUGAAGAAGCUGAACUUGCACGAAGAAGAGCAUGUCCUGCUUAUGGCCAUUUGCAUUGUCUCCCCAGACCGACCUGGGGUACAAGAUGCCAAGCUGAUUGAGUCCAUCCAGGACCGCCUGUCCAACACACUGCAGACGUACAUUCGCUGCCGCCACCCGCCCCCAGGUAGCCACCAGCUGUAUGCCAAGAUGAUCCAGAAGCUGGCUGACCUGCGCAGCCUCAAUGAGGAGCACUCCAAGCAGUACCGCUCGCUCUCCGUCCAGCCGGAGAGCAGCAUGAAGCUCACGCCACUCGUGCUGGAGGUGUUUGGCAAUGAGAUCUCCUGACCAGGGAGCAAGCGGUGGAGCCUAGGCGGAGCUGCUCCUCUAGGGCCCUGUGCCCAGGCCCUGAGCUGGCUCCAGCCCAGCAGCGCCUCCCUCCCCCUCUGGAGUUCAGCCCCUCCUAUGCCACUGACUCUGCCCGUCUCAUCCUUUCUCCUGCCCCGCCUAACACCAGGUCUCCCUUUCCUACAGGCUAUAGCUGCCCCUUGUCCCUUGAGAUGUCAGUCAUAAAAAAGUUGGUAUUCAUUUGAAAAAACUCAAGUGGGAAGGCAGAGGGCUCAGGCGAGACACAGGGCCUUGCCCAGGGAUGUCCCCACCACUCCCUAAGGGGUUGCAGCGGGUGCUGAGGAAAGGCAGGCAGGAGAAAUGCUCCCACUCCUCAGGGUAUGCCUUCCCCGACCUUAGAUGUACUUGUCCAGAGGCCUGGCAGGGAACCUCCUCCCAAUGCUCACCCAGCCCACAAUCCUCUGCCCAUUCCAUCUCGUCCUCCCUCUAGUCUGCACUGUUCUGUCAAAGACCAGUGGGUCAUAGUAGGACCCCUUCCCUUUGCCUUCCUACUCCUGGCCUGCCUACGGCACUCACUGCCAAGGAUGACAAAACACAGAUGUCUAGGCUCAUAACUCCCAUUACAUCCACUGCACUGACUAAGGGGCACUACCCUAGACCUGCAGUGCCCACCUUCGUGGCUUUGCCACAGUGAUCCCCUCACAGGCCAUAACUCUGGUAUGGUGUGCUUCCCCUCCAUCCUCAGAGUUAUGGAUAGAGAACGCCCGCUACAGAGAGGUCUCGAUGGGGUAGAAGUCAGGGCCCAGGCAGUGAAGACCAGAUAAUGCCAGCUUCCCAGAAGGCCAGUAGAUGGAAGCCUUGCCUGUGCCUGUCCCCAAAGCUCAGGGUUCCUCAUCUUGGAGCUAGGGGAUAGUGGGAGGGGACUUUCUUUCCUUCCAGUCAUGCACGGCACAGGACUGAGUUGUCACACAGUAGCAGAAAAGAGGCAGCCCUGUCCACCUCUACCUGCCAGUUCCUUACCCGGCCGGGCCCUCCUCUCUUGGCCUCCCAGGGGUCUCACUCUCCCACUGCCAAGGGUGGCCCAGAAGUCAGCUCAGCAUCGAGAGCAGGAGUGUCACCUCUUGUUUACCUGUGGGGGCCACCUCUUCUCCACCUGGCGGGGCGGGAUGGAGGAGGAUUAUCAGCUGCCCAGAUGUGAUUUCAAGUUUGCUGUUCAUAUGUAGAACCAGGCACUACCAUGUCACCUGUCAGGACAGGGUAGAAGUACUGCUUAGAGUGUAGGUGUAUAGUAAGUGGGCUAGUUUGCGCCGAUUCGCACUCCACCACCCAAAAGUCAAAGCAGGCCCAUAAGACAAGCAGGUGAGGAAGUAGGCUGUGUUACUUCAAACUCAGUUUUCUCCUUUGUAGUAGUCCAGCCCAGGAGGUGGGAACCCUCUGCGGCUAACCCCCACUGCGCUCUUUGCUGAGUGUGGAUUAUAGGUGUAUAAGCCUCCCAGAAAGGAUCCUCCCAGAGGGCCUCACAGAGGAUCCUUGAGGUGCCUGAGUUAAGGAACACGGUCUCACUGGACAUGUCAACAGGGUAGUAACAUCAGCAGACAUGUGGACACCCAAACCCCAAGAUGUGUCAUUCCAUCUACAUGUUUUUGUUCCUUGAAAAACCUGACCUGCAAGUGCCAUCAGUGGCCACUUUCCAGAACUUCUUCAGGUAGAAAAAUAUCUGAAAGCUAUGUUCCAUAUUACAGAAUGGAAUACAACAGGUUCGUCUCAGAUGUAGGAGGUAUGAGCUGGUCUCCGAAUCAGAAUCCAUCUGUGCUAUGUUCUAUGAUGAAGGGUCACAGACAUUGUCAGUUCAGAGCCACUUCUGUGGAAACACACUGUGGCCAGGCAUGGUGGCACAUGCCUUACUACCAGCACUUCGGAGGAUCACCAUGAGUUUUAAGCCAGCCUAGGCUACAGAGUGAGUUCAAGGUCAGCCUGGGCUAGAGUAAGGCCCUGCUUCAAAAAACAAAGAAAAGAAAAGAAAAAGAAAAGCCUACACUGGGAAAAUACUGUACAUUGAUGACUAUUGUCAUUGUUAUACAGAGGAUGAGAGAAAGACCUUUGAUUUUAGCUGCAGAACAUGUGAUCCAGCUUACUAUUCAAUGGGAGAAAAAAGCUUGAAAAUUGCUAAACUAGUUCAAUCCCUCUAUUAAAGGAAACUGAUACUUAGAGGAAGGCCGGACUUACUCAGGCUCUUACAAUUAGUCAGAAAUAUUGCCAGGCCCUGAGAGAAUUCAGACUGUGGUCCAGUGUCCUUUUCACUGCCCAGUGCUUGAUCUCGGACUCCAUUCCCCCCGCCCCCCGACAAUUGACCCAGGAUGCAAGGAAGCCCUGGAAUUUAAAGCAAAUCUAAAUCCGGGACCUUUCUUCUUCCCUGGGUUAUAACCCCACUGAAAGAGGAGGAUGGGUGCUCAGUCCCUGCCACCUGUGUUGUGAAUCAGAACCCCUCUCCUACCGGGCUCCGGCCUUUGGGCUUUCCUCCUCAGCCCCGUGUGAUGCUGUGUACUUCCUAAUAACUUGCACUGGCCUUUGUAAUGUCUCCAGCUCUCCCUCUGGCCCUGCCUUCUCCAGGAAACUCCACUGGCCUCUGCAGAGUACCACUUACUCAGUUCAAGGGCCCACAGCCACCCAGGCUGUGCCCAAAGGGAAGAGUAGGAGCUGGGACGAAAAGAGGGACCAGCAAGGUUUCAGGAGCUGGGGAAAUGGCCUCAUCUGAUCUGCUUCUACUGAAAACGUGAUGGCGGGCUAACACUUUUGAUCAUUGUUGGAAAUGAAGAGAAGUAUGCACCCAAAUGACUUAAGUGGAAGCAAGUAGGGGGAGUCCAAGUCAGGCCAACAGAGAAAGUCGAGGAGUGUGACAAAUCUGUGAAAACCAGACAGCAGGCUUUAAAGAGUCUCCAGAGAAAUUUCCAAAGAGAAAAAAAAUGAGAAAGAAAGUUUGCCAGGAGCUUGUCAAAUAAACCAAUGAAAAAAAGCUUUGCUUGUGAUAAUAAAAAUGGCUCAUACUUACAGAGCACUUACUUUGUGGAAAGAAAUGCUGUAAAUAAAUGCUUUAUGAAAACCA